UCUGUGGGUGAAGUGAUGUGCAUGGGUGGUAUAGGUUGCUAGAUGAAUGGAUGGUAGAUAAAUAAGGAAGUGGUGGAAUGGGAGGACAUGGAUUGCUGACAAGAGUGAGAAGGUAGCACUUUUGAUGAUUGUAACGUAUUACAUAAUAAAAUAUAUCAGCAUUUAGCAGAAAAGUGUAUGGCAAAUGACAUGCACAGUGAACUUGCUUAUGGAAGGAACCAUUGUAUCUAACCAAAAAUUUUAAGAAUGAUGUGAAAGCUACAGGAUAAAAAAUGGAAACAGUGGCAGUAGAUGAGACGUUUGAACAUCUGUGUAAUUGUCUCCGAGUUAAACGCAGAGUAGAGAGUGUGUCUGAAUUAUUUGCAAAGCAAACAAAUGAUUCAGAUCGUGUUGAAAUUGCAAUGCAACUUUUGAAAGAACAUAAUUUGAUUGUGACACAUAAAAGAUUUGUUAGAGAAAGUGACAAAUCCUUUAAAAGGUCUUUAAACCUGAGAAAUUCAGGAAACAAAUCAUUCCAGAUGAAGGAUGACAGAGCUGCAUUAAUGUUAUAUACACAGAGCAUUGCUACUGCACCAUUUCCAGGUACCUGGAAUAUAUCCAAUCAGGAGCUACAAACACAGUUAGGAGAAAAUGAGAAUGAUUGCACAGAAAAUGCAUUGGCUCUAGCAUUUGCAAAUAGAUCUGCAGUCUUUUUUUCAAUGGGUAAUCAUGAAGCUUGUCUUAAUGAUAUUAGACAUGCCAUGAAAUACAAUUACCCCCAAAAAUUAUUGUAUAAAUUGUUUGAAAGACAAGGAAAGUGUUUUCAAGCCUUGGGGAGGAUAGAAAGUGCUGUGGAGAGUCUAUAUGAUGCACAAAAAUGGCUUCCUUCAGCUUCAGGUUUGACGGAGGAGAAAAAACAAGCCAUUGGAGUAGAACUAAGGACUCUAGUGCAGCAUUUAGCAAAUUCCAAACCAACUGAAGUAUCAUGCUAUAGUCAGAUUAGGCAACCACCACUGCCAACCUGCAGCUACAACAAGAAUCAUGAAAUUCUGUGUGCUUCAGAUUGUGUAGAACUGAAAUUUAUGCCAGAUAUGGGACGGUACAUUGCAGCAACAAGGGAUAUUCAGCCAGGAGAUAUCCUGGCCGUUGAGAAGCCCUUUGCAUCAGUGCUUCUGCCUGAUUUUUAUGGGACACACUGUUACAACUGUCUUCAGCAUUCUCGGAGUCUCCUGCCAUGCUAUCACUGUUCCACGGUCAUGUACUGCAGUGAAGAAUGUCGUACUUCAUCUUGGAUUAAUAACCAUUACAUUGAUUGCCCUCUGUUGGGUGUUUUACAGAAACUUGAAAUAGGUAAAAUGGGGUUCCUAGCACUGAGGAUCAUAAUAAAGGUCUGUAAAGGUCAAAACCUUGCGAGCCUGCUGAAGUCAGUAGAAGAUGAAAGUAGAGGGAGUGAGAGGAACAAGGGUUUUAAUAACAAUGGUACAUACAGCUCUUCAAAUUAUAGGCCCAUAUAUUGGUUGGUAGAAAACACAGAGAAACGAUCUGUUGGUGAUUUAUUUAGGCGAGCUGUCAUGGCAGCUUGUAUCCUCAACUGUUUGGAGACAAUGACAGAUUUCUUUCCCAUUGAUGCAACUUCUUCAUCUGAGUCCUCUCACCAAAAACUACUUGUUGGAGGUUUAUUGUUACGACACCUGCAGAACUUGCCUUGCAAUGCUCAUGAGGUCUCAGAACUGGUUAGAAUUGAAGCAGGGAAUGACAAGGAAGGUGUGCCCAUAUGGAAGAGCAUUGAAAUUGGAGCUGCAGCAUACGCAAUGCUGAGUUUAUUGAACCACUCGUGUGACCCAAAUGUUGUUCGGCAUAGCUACCAAGGGGACACAGCUGUGCUGCGGGCAAUCUCUCUGGUUGCAAAAGGUGAACAGGUUUUGGACAACUAUGGCUACCACUACGCGCUACAUGACCGAGCAGAGCGAAGGUCUCACCUGGAAAUGCAGUAUUACUUCACCUGUAGGUGCACUGCAUGUACUGAGGACUGGCCAGAGUACAGUUUGCUGCCUGAUACAAACCCCACAUACUUAUGCACCAGGUGCAGACAUAAUUUGCCAGUUCAAGUCAAUGACCCAAGAAGAAGUAAAGUCAUCACCUGCACAUACUGCAGUGAACCCCACAACAUGCCUGACAUUAUCAAUAAGAUUGAAAAGUCUUCUGAAGAAUUCAGUCAAAAUCUGAAGCUUGUUAUGUCAGGCAAAGGUUGCUGCUGGGAAGAACUCGCUCAAAAAUUUAUAUGUCAUCUACAGUUGCUUGAAAAAUUCAUUCAACGACCUUGGAAAGAGUACAAUAACUGCCAAGAAGCCAUUAAACAGUGUUUUGCCAUGACAUCUAACUGUUACAGGUAUUAAUCCCUUCAGUGCUAACUAUGUUAGGCUACGGUUUUAUAUUUCUUCUGCAGAAGCUAUAAGUUAGUGUUUGCUUGUAGUUGAACACAUGAAGGUUUAAGCAAGGGAUAAGACUGAUUGGUCUAGGGUACACUGACGGACUCCUGUUCUGCAGGUUCUUAUCCUUUCUGGAUACAGUUCUGAUUUUUCCUUAUGUCUUCAGAGUUCCUUACCUGUGACAGGGCUGAAAUUUGUAGAAUAUUGGAAACAUAAGCAUCUGCAGUACUUUAUAGUUCACUGCAUGUCUGCCCAGUGACACUCAUCACCUUGUAAUAGGAAGUAAACGGCUGCCCCAUAGCUCAAGCGGUUAAUCGCUGGCUUCCCACCACAGUGGCCUGGGUUCGAUCCCAGAUCUGGUCAA